AUGAACCGGCUGCCACCAAAUAUGAGUGGGAACAUGCCUGGACCGCAAGAAAGGGGUCUCCGUUCGGUAUUUGUGGGAAAUAUUUCAUACGAAGUUACGGAGGACCAUUUGCGGCAAGUCUUUCAAAAGAUCGGACCAGUUAUCAGUUUCCGUUUGGUGACGGAUCGUGAAAGCGGCAAGCCAAAGGGUUAUGGUUUCUGCGAAUUUGUUGACCAGCAGACAGCUGAACUAGCUAUCAGGAAUCUCAAUGGUUUUGAAAUAGGUGGUCGCAAUUUACGCGUCGAUAGUGCUGCUGCCGGUGAUCGCACAGCAGAAGAGCUGUCGGUAUUACAACAAGCUUUUGCGGUACGUCAAGAUGAGAGUCCGUACGGACCGACGCCAAUUGAAGGAAAAGCUGCCGAGGCUGUUUCACGAGCAGUAGCGUCAUUGCCACCCGAAAAGAUGUUUGAGAUCAUGAAGCAACUCAAAGAUGCUUGCAAAGCUAAUCCUCAAGAAGUGAAAAAAAUGUUGAUGGAUAAUCCACAGUUAUCAUAUGCGCUUUUGCAAGCACAAGUCGUUAUGCGAAUAGUGGAUCCUCAAGUCGCGGUGGCAAUGCUUCAACGAGAAACUCCGGUCAAUUCAACACCAUUUCAUCAACGACCAGCACAUAUACCGGGCCCAUCUGCACAACCUCCAUCUACCACUAUACCUCAUCCAGUAAACAUGCCACCGCCGGGAUUCACUGCACCCCCGCCUGGGUAUUCUCAUCCUCCACCAGCUCCAGUUCAACAACAACCACAAACGGCUGAUGAAGAUAGUCAACAAGCUGCACUACUCGUACAGGUUUUGCAACUGACCGAGGAAGAAAUUGCAAUUUUGCCGCCAGGAGAUCGGGAACGUGUCAUCGAGCUUCGCAAUCAAUUACGUCAACAACUA